AUGGGUGAAUUCGAUCUUGAAAAGACCGCCAGCGUGAAGCCUGCCUCGAGCAGUGGUUCUCGCUCCGGUGAGUCUAACUCUGAUGCCGCUCGUCUCGCCGAGAUGGGUUACACUCAGGACUUGAACCGCAACUUCAACAUCCUCUCGUUGGUUGGUAUCGCCUUUUGCAUGUCCAAUUCCUGGUUCGGAAUCUCUGCCUCCAUGAUCACCGGUAUCAACUCAGGUGGUACUGUAUUGAUCAUCUAUGGCCUCUUGUGGAUAACCUUCAUCUCACUCGGUGUCGGUGCUUCGCUUUCAGAGCUGGCCAGUGCUAUGCCCAAUGCCGGUGGGCAGUACUUUUGGGCUUUCGAACUGGCACCCCGCAAAUACGCUCACUUUGCUUCUUACCUCAGUGGCUGGUUUGGCUAUGCCGGUGCGAUCUUUGCUUGCUCCAGUGUCGUGCUCGGUCUCGGUCAGGCUGCUGUUGGCAUGUGGCAAUUGGGUCACCCUGACUUUGUCGUCGAGGCAUGGCACGUCGUCCUGGCAUAUCAGUUGAUCAACUUCUUCUGCUUCCUGUUCAACUGUGUUGGAAAGGUCCUUCCUCUCGUCGCCAAGUGUACCCUGUACAUCUCUCUCACCUCCUUCUUGGUUAUCUUGGUCACCGUUCCGGCUUGUGCUCGCCCCCAUGCGAGUGCCAGCUACGUUUUCAGCCACUUUGUCAACUCCACUGGCUGGAAGUCUGACGGCAUGGCUUUCAUCGUCGGUCUGAUUAAUCCCAACUGGAUCUUCGCCUGUCUGGACUCCGCCACGCAUCUUGCGGAAGAGGUCCCUAACCCCGAGAGAAACAUCCCCAUCGCCAUCAUGGCCACCGUGGCAAUUGGCUUCGUCACUUCUUGGACAUAUUGUAUUUCCAUGUUCUUCGGCAUCAAGGACUUGGAUGAGUUGAUCAACUCUUCAACCGGUGUCCCCAUCUUGCAAUUAUAUUAUCAGGCCCUGGACAACAAGGCUGGUGCCAUCGUUCUCGAAACCCUCCUUCUGGUCACAGGCAUGGGCUGCCAGAUCGCAUGCCACACCUGGCAAUCCCGCCUGGCGUGGGCCUUUGCUCGUGAUCGGGGCAUGCCCGGCCACCAGUGGCUGUCGCGCGUGAACCACACUUUGGAUGUGCCUCUGUAUGCGCACUCGGUCAGCUGCUUCAUCGUUGGUCUCCUUGGCCUUCUUUAUCUCGGCUCAACCACUGCCUUCAACAGUAUGAUGACUGCCUGUAUCUCUCUGCUGUAUGUCUCAUACUCGAUCCCGAUUCUGUGCUUGUGGUACCGCGGUCGCAACAGCAUUCACCACGGCCCCUUUUGGCUCGGCAAGUUUGGCAUGGCUGCCAAUAUUAUCACUAUCACUUGGACCAUCUUUUGCAUUGUCAUGUACUCUUUCCCCUCGACCAUGCCUGUUCACACCGGAAAUAUGAACUACGUCUCCGCUGUGUAUGGCGUGGUGGUAUUCAUCAUGCUUGUUGAUUGGUUUGCCCGUGGCAAACACUCCUUCAAGCGCGAUGAACCGACUGGGGAGAAGAUUGAGGUCUCUCAGUAA